ACUUGCCCCUACGACACUCGAAAAAGUAUCGAGUUCGAUAUUCUCUAACCUAACCUAACUUUGAAUUGUAACGGAAUCCAUACGUGAGACGCGUGUUUUCACCGGACAGUAUUCGCGCUUAUUCCAAAUGUCACUCGAGAGAUAAGAUACAAACGUGACAUUUUCGGAUUAUCUCUUGUAUUGGUAAAAAAAAAAGAAACGCAACACCAAACGAGGAUGUUACGGAAUGUUUUAAAGUUAAAAUUUGGCCACGAUGAUUUCAAAAGUGACAUUCAGAAGCAAGCUACUACUGCAACUUACAAAGGGAAACAAGAUGUAUUUGUGUGUAUGCCGACUGGUUCUGGCAAGUCCCUCUGCUUUCAACUACCUGCAGCGAUGAAAGAACACAAAGUUGCAAUUGUUUUUUCCCCACUUCUGGCCCUUAUGAAGAACCAAAUUGAUUUUUUAGUGGACAAGAAGAUAAAUGCGUGUUCCUUGAAUUCCACUACAUUGAGUAAAGAGAGAAGCAUGAUUAUGAAGGAUCUUAUGUCAGGUUCUCCUAAAAUCAAAUUGUUGUAUGUCACUCCUGAAAUGGGAGCCCAACAACAUUUUCAGGAAACUAUAAUCCAAUUGAGAAAGGCUAAAGCACUCUCUUAUUUUGUUAUUGACGAAGCUCAUUGUUUAAGUGAAUGGGGCCACGAUUUUCGACCAAGUUAUAGACAGUUAGGAGUGUUCAAGAAAUUGUGUCCUGAUGUACCUGUAAUUGCAUUGACAGCGACUGCUGCAAAGCAGGUAAAAGACGAUAUUCUUCAAAGUCUGCAUAUGAAAGAUGCCUUAAUAUUUUCCCAGCCAGUGUUUCGUCCUAAUUUAUUUUACGACGUUUGUUUCCUAGAAACAUUAGAUAAACCGUUCAUGCAUUUGAAAAGCUUUAUUUUGGAUGCGCUUGGUCCUUCGGAUAAUUCUGUUCCUAUGCAUAAGAGGAGUUGCGGUAUUAUUUACUGUAGAAAAAAGGAAGCGACUGAAAUUGUUGCGCACAAACUCAGCCUUGCUGGUAUUCCCACGCUCGCGUAUCACGGUAGCUUGAAAGCUCAAGAACGUAAUGAAGUGCAGAAUAAGUGGACGGCAGGCGAAGUACCUGUUAUCGCGGCAACAUGCAGUUUUGGGAUGGGCGUUGACAAGGGAUCCGUCAGAUUUGUGGUUCACUGGACGGUACCUCAAAAUAUCGCGGCGUAUUAUCAAGAAUCAGGAAGAGCCGGCAGAGAUGGCAACUCGGCGUUUUGCAGGGUUUACUUUAGCAACGAAGAGUUCGGGCCCAUCUCGUUUCUCAUCAAGGAGGAAAUCGCAGGAAAGAAGACUGAGCUCGUCAAGAUAAAGUGGAAUAAUUUUGAAAAGAGCGUUGCGUAUUGUCUGGAGGCAAAAUGUCGGCACGCAGUGUUUUCCAAGUACUUCGGGGAUUCUCCACCGCUAUGUAAGAAUAGAUGCGACGUAUGCAAAAACAAGGAUGAAGUGCAAGCAAGGAUUUCACAGUUUGAAAUGUGUCAGACGAUAUCUCGAAAGCCCCGAGGCAACUUGGGCGGCGUAAUACGGAGAGUCUGCGACGAUGGAGAUGAGGGCAAUGUAUUUAUCGAACCGGAAGAAUCGAGGGAGAAAUUAGUAGCGGCUGCAAAACGAGAGAAUAGGGAACUUAUUAUGCAGCAAUUCGCUCUUCGACGUGGUACAUCUAAGGAGGACGAAAUCAAGCGUCAGAACAUCCAGAAUGCAAAAAAGGCGCGCGUCCGUGCAGCCAAUAGUACGGAUAGGAAAAUAAAGGGUUUAACCGUUCAGAUGCGGGAACACCUUUACAAUGAAUUAAAGGCGACGUUGUUCGAAAAUUAUCAACAUUCGUAUUCGAAAAAUAACAAACAGCUUCACGAGGAAGACAUGCAUGAUAUAGCCAGUAAUUUGGAAUAUAAAAUAUUUUCUAGUACAAAAGUACCAAAUAAAUAUAAAUUUGAUAUGUCUAAGUCGAUUUCGUCGGUACGAAAGUGCACUAAUAGCAAUACUGUACAUGAAGCGAUACGUGAUUAUAAUGACACAGGGUCGCAUAACAUAGAGCUUAAUGAUUCUAACAUUGACGAUAUAUCCGAUAUCACACAAGAAUCAGAUACAGCCGAAAUCGGAUCUAACGAUAACGGUCACCUGUCAAGUGAAAUUAAUAAAAAGACUUUUGCCACUACUUUCAAAACUGCACUAGAAAUUAGAAAUGAAGGAAGGUCGCAAACGUCAGAUGAAAGUGAAACUAUUCGAUCUAAGAAAUCGCUGGUUAACGAUGUUGAAGUAACUCAGACAAAAAAUCAAACAUCUAUCAACGACGAUUUCAGUGGUGCACGGAAAAGUACACCCGAGGACAUUAUACCACGGAUGCAGACGUCGAAUGGUUUCGUUUGUGCGCGAACAACACACGAGAGCAACGCACGUUUGUCCAAACCAGGUGCAAGUUCCUCCAAGUUAAAAACUCGCCGAAGUAAGACUGACAAGAGCGUGAAAAAGACCGGUAAAUCCGUUUACGAGCUAAUUUUGGCAUCGACGCGAUCAUCCUUGAAGACUACGAACGAGAGCUCGAAUAUUUCUCCUAAAACAGAAUCGAGAACCGUUGAUAUUAUCGCAGAGUUCGUUAAAAAUAAAGACAGGACUGUCGAAGGCAAGGGUAAAAAUAAAAGGAGCCGUGAAUCUGUCGAGCGUCAAGAGGACGACGUGAAGCCGGUAGAGAAAAAAAGAGUCGGACAUAGGGAGUACGAUAAAAGUGAUGCGUCGAUCAAUGUCGAUUGUUCGUCGAAUCAAAAUAUCGAUAAGAAGUUCGAGGGCGAUAAGAAUGACAAAGAAGCUGUUAGGAACGACGCACAUACAAUCUCUGACAUCGACGUCACAAAUCGAGAUAACGAGACGCAAAAAGAGACGAUUAAAGUGAGGCAGCACGGUGAAACCUCAAAGGCUAAUCGAGAAUCGAAGAGGGACAAGGAGUCUACUCAAUCGGUUCGUUCAAAGCAUCACGCCGGCAAAAGUAAUAAUAGACUAACAGUGCCGGCAGAUAAGGCUAUGCAGUUCAAGACAGCGGAAAUCUUGAAGUCAUAUCUGAUGAAAUACUACCCGUCGGAGCGUAUUCCAGAUAGAGCGACGUUCUCGAAAACUUGCCGAGAAAUGCAUUACAAUAUGUUGAGGCAGAAGAUUUUCGAUAAGCAAGGAAUACAUGAAUUUGUCGUAAAAUUCAUGAGCCAAACUUGAGGAAUUAUCUUCUUUCAAAUUCCAUCUAUGUUUCCUCACCUGAUUUCGCCUGCCGAACAACGGGAAGACAACACCGUUUAAGAUGACCAAUGAGUUCAAUUGUGAAUAAAAAUAUAUCUAUGCGAUUAUCUACUUGUAAUAUGUUGUAUUUAGUGUGCUUACAGCUGUAGUUGUUUAUAAUUUAACACUGUACGAUCGUUAAGUCAUCGCGUUCGGGAAAAAAUAAAAUUCACCUCAUAUCGUUA